GCCAUCUGCGUCUGGAUUUAUCACGGCAAUGGAGUUGAGCCAUCAGCGGAAGAGAGUCGUUCGUAUCUCAACGGGGAGCAAGCAAUUUGAUGCUAUUUUAGGAGGGGGGUUCCAAAGCAUGAGUAUCAGCGAAGUAUUUGGGGAAUUCCGGUGUGGCAAGACACAGCUAUCACAUACUAUGUCCGUCAUCGCACAGCUUCCAAAGGAAAUGGGCGGUGCAGACGGCAAAGUUGCUUACAUUGACACCGAAGGCACGUUCAGACCGGAGCGUAUUGCACAGAUUGCCGAACGAUUCGGCGUUGACGCAGACUCCGCUCGGGAGAAUAUUGCCUAUGCGCGAGCUCUUAACAGUGAACAUCAGCUGGAAUUGCUGAAUAUCCUGAGCAAAGAGUUCACUGGUGGAGAAUAUCGUCUUUUGAUCAUUGACAGUAUCAUGAAUUGCUUCCGGGUGGAUUACUGUGGGCGUGGAGAACUUGCGGACCGUCAGCAGAAGCUCAAUCAGUUUCUGAUGAAGCUCGCCCAUAUGGCUGAAGAGUUCAAUGUUUGCGUCCUAAUGGUGAGUCGCUUUUAUUAUCGCGGAGGAUGUCAAUCUCAGAAAAAGAUAGACAAAUCAAGUCCAGAGUGAUCCUGGUGCUAGUGCCCUUUUUGCGGGUGCAGAUGGACGCAAGCCUGUGGGUGGCCAUGUCCUAGCGCAUGCAUCCACAACUCGAAUUCUUCUUCGCAAAGGCCGCGGAGACGAACGUGUUGCAAAAAUUCAGGACUCACCAGGUAUAGUUCUUCUGAAUUUAGCAAGACCACCCUAGCUGACAGAUCUAGAUUGCCCGGAGCAAGAAGCGACCUACGUGAUCACUAAUGGUGGUAUCAGUGAUCCCGAUAAGGUGUAGAGCGCAACAGCUCUAUUGUGGUGCAUAGAUCAGGACGGGCAAUAUUCAGGGCGUUGAUAUUGAUAAAUGCUAGUGGUUGGUUUUCUUCUGAGGAGAGUACCAUUUGCUAUGAUUAGCGUAUUAAAUGUACACCAGGUGUCUGGUUCCAUGUGCAUUGUGGUUCGCAGGUAGUCUGAAUUCUAGAAUGGGAUUUGAUUUAUCAGAUAAAAAUACUUCUCCGCCUUCCCGGCUAAAAUAAAAUUUCCCGCCAGAAUUUCUUCCGCGCAAUAAAC